AUGUUCUGCCCACCUCUCGAUUCUGCCUUGGUCGCCGCUAUUGUCAGUGACGAAAAUGACGUAAAUGAAUGUUUUAAUAUUCUCAGUUCAUUAGCAGAAGAGGCAAAUUCAUUUCUUGACGCUGAACGAGAAAAUUUUGGUGAAUCGGAAUUUUCGGAAAAUUGUAGUAGCAACUAUAAGAGCAGCACAAGCGAACGAGAUUCCGGUGAAAAUGGAAACGGAUCGAUCACUAGCGCCGAAUAUCAGACAGAUAAUCCUUAUAUUGUGGAUGAUUUUGAUUAUGAAAGUAUCUUUUUAACCGGGGAUGAAAUUCCCUUGGAUGAGAAAAUUGAACGACUUAAUUUUCUUCAGAACGAGGUCGAGCAAAGUUCUCCGGAAUCACUGAAAGAGUUUCUGAAAGCCUGCUUUCCCGAGUUUUCUGAAAAUAGGAUUGACGUCUUACUUUUGGAAAAUGAUAAUAAUGCUGAGACAGUUUCGGAUAUUAUUUUGAAUGAAAUAUGCCUGGCGGAGCAGACAAAUUGUGUAUAUUAUGAUUCUUUCCCUCUGACACCACCUAUUUCUGAGCGAGAUGAUGAUUUCUCGGUAUCUGACUCACGAUCUAAACAUCGAAAAAAGAAGAGACAUCGAAAAUCAAAAAAACAAGGCAUUGUCAUAUUUCAAAACAAUGCACUCCGGCCGAAUUCGAUGACUAGUAGUAACCCAUCAUCACCUCAAAUGCCGUCUUCGUCAUCACCUCAAAUGUCGUUUUCGCCAUCGUCUCAAGAUCUGUUUUUAUCAGAUGGUGCAAUUCUUAAUCUUGAGACUAGACAAUAUCAGGAUACGCAGAAGAAAAGCAAUAUUCCCGUAAAUUCGCGCAAUUAUGUGAAAUCGACAUCAGUUACGACUUUUCGUGCUUCGAAAUCAUUGCCUACACGUGAAUGUAUGAAGAAACGUAAUGAGGCCUUUAAAAAAGCUGCCAAUGCAUUCCAAAAAUCUAAAGGUUCACGUAACGGUGAAGGUGGUAUUGCAUUUCAUUAUUCAACUGAGGGACGAAAUUUUGAUGCCGAAAUGAAGAAAUGGAAUUUGCGAGCCGCAAGAUCCAUAGUUAGGCGACAAAGUAAGAAAAACGGGGAUGCCAAUCUUUUAGACCUUCAUGGACUUCGUGUCGACGAGGCUUUAGCUGUAGUAAAAGAAAAGUUAGAUGAGUGGUAUCCAAUAAGAGGCCAAGCGCCAUCCCGACCACUAAAGAUUGUCACCGGGUUAGGUAAUCAUUCACCUAAUGGUGUGGCAAAAUUGCGAACGGAAGUCAAUCGUUUAUUGAUUAAACAUAAUUGGGAUAUAUCCGAAUAUAAAGGGUAUGUGAUAGUUAAGGGGGUUAAAAACUAG